AUGAAAAGAGGAAGUGACGAAGAAGAGAAGUUCCGGUGUAAGCUCUGUGACAAAGUUUAUUGUGGUGAGCAAUACCUGAAGAAUCAUCACAAGGCAAGCAUCAGAUCACACGGAAACGGAAAAGUCGUCGCGGGAUUCUACGUUGUUUGCCCCGGAUGUCAGCGGAAAUUUCAAAACCAUCCACAGUUAGAGAGGCACUGGAAAUUCGAACAUGGACAGCUGGAAAGUAACCUUGCCUCCAGUCUCAUGCUGGAACCGAGCAUUGACGUUUCUGGAACGAAUCUCUUUGAAACCAUUCGUCAGAUAGGAGGAACAGGCGAGAAUAAAGAUCCGAAAUUACGGGUAAAAGAUGAGGAUCAGCAAUCAGAUGGAGAAAAGGUGGAUUGUCAAUAUAGAAACAUGAGUGAAUUCUCUCUCGUGCGAAUGAACAGGUUCAGCGUUGAAAGCGCAAAUGUGAAGAAGACCAGUGGUAUACGUAAAAGUCGGAUAUGUGACACUGAAGAGAAAAAUAUGAUGCGUCAAUUACAAGGAGCUGCAAGGCGUCGAUGUAAAACAUUGGAGGAAACUGAAGAUAAAAGGAAGAUACGAAUUCAAAAACAUUGCGAAAAAGCACGAAUCACACGCUGGACUGAGAGUACUGAACAAAAAGAGCGUCGUCGGCAGCAAACUCGGAUUAAAAUAAUGAGUAGGAAUAUCAGUAGAAGAGAACGAGACCUCGGUAGAAGAGCAGAAGAGUUGCUACUUGCAGUGAAUGGUUCACAGGAAAUCUUUGAGGACAGUGAAGAAACUGAAAAUGUAGAUGGUGACACGGUGCUUGUUAAAGACGAUCCUUUUUCAUCGAAAAAAAGCAAGUCUUCCUUAAGAAAGAGCGAAGUUAUAUGCUAUGCCGUUGUUGGAAUUCAUUCUAAAGAAGAGAGACAGAAAUUUAAAGACCUUCUGGUGAACAAUGGGUACAGUGAUGUAAAAUUUCUUAACAUACACUCACCACUUAUAAAGGCAUUUGGUGAAGAUCUGAAUUUACGAAGUACAGGAUUACCUAUGGGUCACCGUGAUGUUUUUAGUGAGGGACCUUCUUUUUCAGGUACCAAACCUCAUUCAAGAAUCUCAUCACUGUUACCACAUCCUGUGGGUGAUUCGGCCCGUAUUUUAUGUUCUGGUAUAAAUGGAGAUAAGGAGAUCUUAAACAGUGGUCCAGAACCUGCUAAGCAAACUGUCUUGUAUGAGGACCGGUUGAUCAGUGGUCUUUGUACAUCAAACCAUGUUGGCGGUCUGUUUAAUCGAUCUAAAAAAAUCCAUUCAAUGGUAUCUGAAGAUUUUCGUUGUGUGAUCUGCAAAAUGCGCUUCCUUGAGGAUGGUUUUCGCUGCUUCUCUCGGAAACCUCAUCUGAAUAUUGUGCUUCUGGCAUGUCUGCAAGCACAAAAUAUUCUUGACAUGGAAUCAGCUAGCAAAGCCUAUAGAGCUAGCCAAUUGCCAAAUACACGAAUAUGUCACAAGCACUACAUGCAAGCGGCUUCGUACAUCGGUAGAGAAGUGGAACACAUGUUGGGCACAUUUCCAGAGCGUGGACUUGAUCAAGUUCCCUUGAAUAUACAGGAUGAUUUGCUAGCCUAUUUACAAGUGUAUGGUGAUUUCCUUGAUGAUUCUUCCACAGGUAGUGAUUACAUGAAACUCAUUACUCCGUCUUUGUCGGCCGAGUCUCUGGUUGGACAAAUUUCUAAUUAUUCAGGUAUUAUGGCUCAGGGACAUUUCUCACCAUUAUCUUCGAAGACUGAAUCGGCUUGCCUUACUGAAAUUUCUGCAGUGGAACUGUUAGAACCUCCUGCUAGACAGAUUGAUCUCCCAAAAAAUGUGAUAAUGAUCAACCCUGAGUCUAUUGGAAGCGAAGGUAGUAAUCGCUUUACCUAUGACAUGACAACAAGAAUGUAUUUUCUAGAAGCUAUGUCGCCAUCGUCGCUGGAAGGAACAUAUGCGAGUUCUGAUCAAGUGGAGGGAUCCACCUCUCCAAAAUCGGUCGAUCCACCUAUGAUCAUCAGAGAUCAAUCGACAUGUCUCGAUACCUUAAACGAUGAAGAAUUCCGAAAUCGAUUCCGAUUUACUCGUCGGACUUUUACACUACUCUGUGAAACGUUGGAUAUUUGGCUAGAUUCGAUGACUAACACAUUCCUUUCGAAAAGGCUGCGCAAGGUGACUUGCUCUACGGGGAUUAAGAUUGCAAUGGUGCUUGAAAUGUUAGCGGGAAAAUCACUACCCACCGCCGGUGAUCCAAUACUACAGAAAAGCGCAUCUGAAAUUUUCUGUGGUGUUAUGGAAGCGAUGGCGCAGUGGUCAAUAACAAUGAUACAAUGGCCGAAUGAGGUAGAAAGUAAACGAAUUAGUGAAAGUUUCUUCAAGAUGACUGGUUUAAGAGACAUUGUUGGUUGUCUAGAUGCCACAAUAGUGAAGGGCAAAGAACCACUCAAUGUUGGACUGGUGUCUGACGACAAAAUGCGCUUCCGUUGGGUAUUUGCUAAGUAUCAUGCGGAUGCAGACGAUGAGAUGGUUUUUAAGCAAAGUUCGCUCUGUCAACAGUUAAGAGACGGCAGAAGGAAAGGGCGUCUUGUCGGGGAUGAUGCAUUCAACAGCGAAUUAUUUUUGAUGACUCCUAGCGUGGGACGUGAUGAGAUUAAAGAAAAGGAUAGAUUUCUGGCAAAUACUUUAUGCAAAGCUCACCUAACGGUACAGGAAGCGAUCGCAAACUGGAAAAGGCAGUUCCCGAUUCUCAGCGGGAAUCAAAAAUCCAGCAAAACGUCAAGAAUUGUUGUUUGUUGUGCAGCGCUGUACAAUCUUGCGAGAGCAGAAAACGAACCAGUGUUUACCGCGAAAGAAGGAAUUCAUUACUGA